AUGGACAUCGCCUUGUCCACACCCUCCCCACAUUUUGAGUCUCCGAGAAGCAAUAUCGCCUUAGUCAGAGAUUCCCAACAUUUUAAAAUUUCUUCUUGCUCAGCACUUGUACACGCCCCUACUACCAUCAAAGGAGGAGUGAGCCGGACGGUGUGUCGAGCGGUGGUGUUGACAGCAGUACUGCUGGUUGUUCCCGCCGCCACGCAGACACUGUUGAACCUGCUGGAGCGGGUGGUGUUCGAUCUUCCAGCCCUUGGACGCGCCCUCAAGACCCCGUCUUCCCUCACCCCGUCACCCACCAAAUUCCCUCACCAGUCCUACAAUGAGUCAGCGGAGCGCUACUGCUUCGGGGAGCUUGGGUGUCUGGAGACCGGCGCUGACUUCUACGACCAGCAGUACCGGCCGCUCAACCUCCAGCCGGAGCCUCGGGAGUCUCUGCAUGUGACGUUCUCAGUGCAGUCUAGGGAGGACCCGGAGGGCGUGCUGGUGUCUGCUCUGGAUCUCCAGCAGAUUCUCAAGUCCUCUUUCAAGCCUAACAGGAAGACCAAAAUAAUUAUCCACGGCUACCUCAAUGGCCGAGAUAUGCCUUGGUUAGAGGUGAUCGCUCACGCCUUCCUGCGGGUCAAUGACUACAACGUGGUGAUGAUGGACUGGACUGACGGGUCGUUGGGGCUGUACGAGCAGGCUGUGGCCAACGCCCGGGUGGCCGGCCUGGAAGUGGCCCACCUCAUCCACUGGCUCCAGGACCACACGGGCCACAGUCCACAAGAUGUACACCUAAUUGGCCAUUCUCUGGGCGCCCAUGUCUCCGGGUACGCCGGGGAGCGAGUGUCCGGACUAGGAAGGAUCACCGGACUGGACCCGGCCCAGCCUUACUUCCAACACAUGCCGGCCAGUGUUCGUCUGGACCCCUCGGACGCCCUCUUUGUCGACGUCAUCCACACCGACUCUUCCCUGUUUUCCUUCGAUGGUGGGUAUGGACUAAGGGAGCCAUCUGGGCACCUGGACUUCUACCCCAACGACGGCAAGUACCAGCCGGGGUGCCAGCCCCCCCUCACCGCGCCUCUCAGGUGGCUCCUCACCGGGAGAAACUUCACCAGAGCCUGGCACGCUGUUGAGGACGCCCUUGGAUGUAGCCACAUCAGGUCCUCGCUGCUCUUCGCCGACUCCAUCGUCUCUCAAUGCCCCUACACCGCCUUCGCCUGCCAGUCCUACCAACAGUACCGAGCUGGAGAGUGCUUCAACUGUGGGGAGGACGGCAGUAGGUGCGCUCCCAUGGGCAUCCACGCAGACACCUGGGCUAGCAGAGGAGCGGUCGGCCUCCAGCUCUACCUCUCCACCGGCCCAGACCCCCAUUUUUGCUUGUACCACUUCCUACUGACGCUGGAGCUGUCGCAGACACCGUGGGGGACCAUGCCGGGCCGCCUCACCAUCAUCUUCCUCUCCAGCACCGGACAUUCCUCGCAUUUCAGCCUUACAACUGGGUAUUGGCAAAGCUUCGAGCCUGGGAAGAGGUACAGCUUCCUGUUGGAACACGGGGAGGAUCUGAGCUCCAGUGUGUCCGCUAAGCUCACCUGGACGGCCAAAGGUGACCACCUUUGUCCCACCUGCGACGCCGACCUCCCUCCUCUCUCCAAACUCACCCUCGUCAACAUAGAGAACCUUUCCCUAAGCCGAGAGCGGAGUGACCGGCCGAAUGCGAGAUCGAGUGAAGCUGUGUUUGUCGCGAGUGGGGAGCAGGUAGCACGCAUCCCUGGACCUGACCCCUACUUGACUACUACCCUCAGGCUGGUGACCUCCCCGACCUGACCCUUAACCUGACCCCCACCCUCUGGCUAGUGGGGUCUCCGACCUGACCCUCACCUGACCCCCACCCUCUGGCUAGUGGGGUCUCCGACCUGACCCUCACCUGACCCCCACCCUCUGGCUAGUGGGGUCUCCGACCUGACC